AUGCACCCGUUCACUGGUGACAUUUUCUUCUCUACGGAUUAUGGUACAGUGGCGAAAGAGAAAAAUGUCUUUGCAGAAAAUGGUGGAACUGAAAAGCCUGGAUUUGUUACUAAGCCAAAUCCUGGCAAAAGGGUUCCAAUGAAUCUCCUACUAAAUCCGGAUGUCAGCGAGGUUUCAAUACCAACAGUUACCAUUGCCUCAACUGCACAAACAAGAACUACUAACUCCAAAUAUUCUGUGAGUAGACAGAGCAGUACUCUAUGUGAAUAUAGUGGGAGGAGUAAUGGAACUGCUACAAAGUUCACAAUGAAUAGAAGGAAAGCUCAGCCAGAUGCGUGGUUCUCUUGCCUCAAGCGGGGAACCUGCAGUGGAGCAAAAUCUCCGGAAAAGGAGAGGGCCGCCUCCUAUGAGGCUACAGUUAUUGAGAAAACAUUUGUUGUGGAAAGCCUGAGGCAGUUAUGGGGUGACAAGCAUCAACCUGGUUCUUUAAGUGCAUUCACUUGCCACAACCAAGAGGCCUCACUCCUUGAGCAUCUUAUAUCACAUGAUUUGCGGUACUUCCACAUCCAGGAAAUAACACCAAUGGAAGUGGUUGUUCCUGUAACCUCAAGUCCUCACCAUGUGGAGUUAAGCGUCUCAGAACAAAAUGCAACAUAUGCUCUCAUGGCUUUGGUGAAACAAAUAAGUGCUGAUUAUGCUGUCAUCCGGGAAAUAAGCACUGUUAAUGCCAAGGCAGACUAUAAAGGUAAGCUAUCGAUGAACAUUUAG